GGCACCUUAAAUAACACAACAAACAAACUUUUAAGGUUUCAAAUCUGUUUUCAAAAACCAACAUGACGGAUGAUCAUAUCGUUGCUGUUGGAAGCUUGAACGACUGUGAAUUAUUGGUAGAAAAAUUCUCGCUUUCAGCAAAAACGAAUCUUAGUUUUUCAAACUUUGCUCAGAUAUGGAAAAAGUCUAACUUUGAAUUGAUAUUUUGUGGACGGAGUUCUGAUGAACUGCCUCAGCUUGCCAGUGAGCUCUUGGUGAUAGCAAAAACUAUUGUUUUGAAUACCAGCCACACAUUUGAAUCAAGAGUUGGUGGACUCUAUCUGAUGUAUGGAUUCUAUUUUACCCAACAAUCUAGAUCCAAGAUCCGCUUUACAUUGUGUGAAUUCCAGGAAUUGAUGCUGUUUGUAAUACAAUUGAAGGAACGAGACAUUCUGGAAGCCCAGUUUAUUUUUUAUAAACUAUUUCUCCACAAAGCCUUUUUCUUUUGUACUUCUAGCACACCAAACAAGUAUGCCCUGAUAAAUCCCAAAAGGCAGUUAGAGGAAGAGGUUGACCAUGGGAAUACAUUGAAUGAUUACGAAUGUAGGUUAAUUGACUGUGAAGGGUUAUCUAUGAACAGCCUCCGAGGUGUUGAUAUGUUGCACACAAAGUAUGAAGAAGUUAAAACAAAUUUACCAGGUUUUGUAACUGAAAAUUCUUCAUCUGCUGCCUCAAAAAAAAAUUUUCCUAAUGAACUCAAGACAACAUUAGAUUUGCUCAAGUCGGAAAUUGUGAAGAGCAAGGAAUGUAAUAUAAAACGUGGGAAAUCAAUGAGUUGUUCUGAAGUAGAAGAGAAUCAAGGCGCAGUUCGUAGAAAAAUCGUUAGCUCAUCAUUUCAGUUGCAAUGCUCAUCACGCCGUCUGCCAGGAAGUGGUAGAUCAGGCGAAACUGCUCGGCGAGCAUCUUUGUCCCGGUCGCCAAAUUCAUGAAAGAACAUCAAAUUCUUGCUAUUAGUGUGAAUCCUAUAUAUCAACAAAUGUUA